AAAGUGAAAGUUGUGUCUCAGUAUAGGCCUGAGGUGUAGAUUGUUCUGUAAAACGUGUAGAUAUGCACAUAUAGUGACUAUUAGAGUGGUUAUGGAUUUAAAUCAACUAUUUUGAAUGUGAAGUGGAGGACGUGAAGACCAGUAAAGUUAAAAUGGCAGAGUCCAGACUUCAUAAUCAGUUUAAACUCACCUCAGAAGACAAUGUGUUGGCUGAUGUUGGUGAAGAGGUCACCCUCCCCUGUCACCUCUCACCUGACACCAGUGCUGUUGCAUCGACGAUCAGGUGGUUUAAAAAGACAGAGUGUAUUUACCUGUAUCAGAAUGGCCAGGUGACAGAGAGGAGUGGCUAUGAGGGCAGAGUGAGUCUGAUCACCCAGGAGCUGGAGAGAGGCAACGUGUCUCUGAGGCUGAGAGACUUCAGGAGGUCAGAUACAGGAGACUACAUAUGUCAAGUCAUCCUUGGAGAACAGAAGAAGGAGGUUGCAGUGUGUUUAAGGGUCAGAGGAGACAUCGAAAAAAUACGGGAAGACGUAAUCGUAAUCGGAUCAGGUUUUUGGUAUUUACAACAUGAGACCCAGGAGGACAAGCUGAAGAGGGAGGUAUCAGCUGGUGAGCUUGAGUUGAAGAUGGAAAAAGAAUUAAAAGAGAAAUUAAGACAGGAGAUGACGAAACAACUAGAGGAGAAAGACACACAACUGGAUGAUAUGACCCAGAAAGUGAGAGAGAAAGAGAGACUCCUGGAGGAGAAGAACCAGAUAAUGGGACAGAGGGAGAAACUAUUAGAAGAGAAAGAAAACCAACUGGAAGAGAAAGACAAGCAACUAAAGGAUAGAGACAUUCAACUAGAGGCACUGAGAAAGAACCUGCAGGACAAGAACAGCCAAGUAGAGAACUUCAGAGUCCUACUGCAGGAAAAAGACCUUCAACUAGAGGACAGCAACCACAGACUGGGGGAGAAGGACAGACUACUGGAAGAGAGAGACAAACAACUGGAGGGAAAAGAAAAUGAACUAAAAGAGAGGAGGCAGGAACUAGAAGAGAAAGACAGACUACUGGAAGAGAGAGACAAACUACUGAAGGAUAGAGACAUUCAACUAGAGGACAGCAACCACAGACUGGGAGAGAAGGACAGACUACUGGAAGAGAGAGACAAACUACUGGAAGAGAGAGACAAACUACUGGAGGGAAAAGAAAGUGAAAUAAAGGAGAAGCAGAUUGAACUAGGAGACAAAGACAAAAAAAUUAAGGAUAAAGACCUUCAACUAGAGGACAGAAACUAUAGACUGGAAGAGAAGGACAGACUACUGGAAGAGAGAGACAAACUACUGGAAGAGAAAGAGAACCAACUAAAGGAAAGAGACCUUCAACUAAAGGAGAGAAACUAUAGACUGGGAGAGAAAGACAGACUACUGGAAGAGAGAGACAAACUAUUGGAAGAGAGAGACAAACUACUGGAGGGAAAAGCAAAUGAACUAAAAGAGAUGAGGCAGGAAGUAGAAGAGAAAGAUAACCUACUAGAGGAGAGAGAGAAGCAGUUAAAGGAAAGAGACAAACAGGUGGAGGAUGUCAACAAUGAAAAUGCUGAACUGGCUCAACAGAUAUGUGAUGUGAAGACUGAGGUAGAGAGACUGAGAAGAGAGAUCUCAGCCCAGAUGACUGAACCUGGAGAGACGUCAGAUACAGGUUCCAUACUCCCAGUCAGGAGGAGAGACAGCAUGGACCUUCCUCCAUCCAUGGGAGGAGAGACCUCAGAUACAGACCCCACACUUCCACUGAGGAGGACAAACAGCAUGGAGUUACAUCCUCCAGAUAUGGGAGGAGAGAGCAGCAGUCCAGACUCCCCAGUGUCUCCCAGUGUGUCUGAGCUGAGACUGGUGCUGCUGGGGAGGACUGGGGCUGGGAGGAGUGCAGCAGGAAACACCAUCCUGGGCAAAGAGGAGUUUGGGGCCCAGGCCAGCCCCUCUGCAGUGACCCAGAGGAGUAAGAGGAGAGAGGGGGACGUGUGUGGGAGACGGCUGGUGCUGGUGGACACUCCAGACUGGUUCUGUCCUGGACUCUCUCUGGAGGAGAUAAGACAGGAUGUGGGGCUCUGUGUCCGUCUGUCUGCCCCGGGACCCCACGCCUUCCUCCUGGUCAUACCAGUGGAGCUCUCUAAGGGGGAGGAGAGAGGGGUGCUGGAGAGAAUAGAGGAGUUGUUUGGGGAGGGUUGUUGGGAACACACUGUGAUUCUCUUCACCCAUGAUGAUGUCCUGAAAGAGCAGAGCAUUGUGGAGUUUCUCCAAGCAGGAAGUCAGGACCUCCAGCAGCUUGUAGAGAAAAGUGGGAGCAGGUACCACGUCCUCAACAUUAAGGACAGGGCCCAUGGCACUCAGGUAUCAGAGCUGCUGGAUCAGGUAGAGGAGAUGGUGGCAGGAAACAGAGAGAGAUUCUACAGCAGUCAGACCUACCAGGAGGCAGAGACCCAGGUUAGAGAAGUGGAGGGAAAGAUCCAGAGAGAGAGAGGAGAGAGGAAACAGAGGGAGGAGAGAGACUUGAGAGAGAGCCUUCAGAAGGAGUUCCAGGACUCUCUGAUAAAGAUAGAGGGAGUGAUCCAGGAACAUGAGGGAGAUAUCAGAACACUCAGUGAAAGAACCAGUGAACUGGAGAGACAGGUGAAAGAAGAGAGGGAUGAGGAGAAGAAAAUAGAGCUGGAGAGGGAGCUGAAGAGGGAGUCUGAUAGGAGGGAGGAGAUGGAGAGAAAGCUGGAGAGAUUGAAAGAGAAGAGAGAGAAUGAGAGGAGGGAGAUGGAGGAGAGACACAGACAGGAGAUAGAGGAGAUGAUGGAGAACUAUGAAGGAGAGGCCAGAGUUGAAGCAGAGAGAAACCUGAUGAAGAUAGUCCUACCUGAGUUACAGAGGAACAUCAUGAUCUCACAGACAAAGAUGCAGAGGGAGUUCAGCAGACGGAUGGAGGAGAAGAAUAGACAGAUGAAGGAGAAGAAUAGACUUAUAGAGGAGAAGGAUAGAGAGAUGGAGGAGAAGGAUAGAGUGAUUGUGGAAAGGGAUGGAGAGAUAGAGGGACUGAUAGAUAGACUGUGGGAGAUGUGCAAUUGAGUUAUUGUAACUAGCCUGAAGAAGUGCUGGGAUACAUGGAGAGGUAGAAGAAGAGAGAGAGGAAGAAGACAGGGAGAACUGAUGAAGAUCUGAGGAAUGUCUGGGCAGAUGUAACCUAGUUCACCAUUUCACUGAAUUCGCCUGACAACGAGGUUAGAGAUGAGAUGACUUUUUCAUGGAGGGAUUGGAGAAGUUAGAGAUAAUCACAUGAUAUUUAUCUGACAAUGUAAGAACAACGUGAUAGUCUGUCCUGUGAUGAGUGU